AAUUUUUUAUUUUUGGUGUAGCUAACGAGAUUUCGUGUCACCGAAGCACAGCCAUGGCCGCUUCAAUGGCGCUGGGAGAGCUGUGGCACGCGUCCAAUUAUUUUCUCGCUCAGAUCGAGCCAGCAAUCCUCGCUCUUGCGGCGCUCGCGGUUGGAGUGAUCGCGCCAUGGGUUUUGUCGGCGAUCUCUUGUGCUUACUCUGCCGUGGAGGAGAAAGGCAUUCAGCGCGUUCUUCUCAAUCUAUUUUUUCACGCGUGUCGGAAAAUUCCUGGCGUCAGUGGCUACAUUCUGAGAGAACAAAAUAAGGUCAUAGACAAGUUAAAUUCGAGUACUAAAUCAAAGCGUUCUCGUUGGAUAUCAGAGCUUCCCAAGUCCGGUCUCGGCAACGGAGUGCUUGACUGGCUCAACUCUGAGAGGCAAAAGGACAUGAAAUGGGAAGGAAAAUGUUCUGGAACUGUAUAUAUUGGUGGAACGGAUGCAGAACAGCAUUUUUCUCUGUUGAACGAGGCAUAUGCACUAUUUGCACACACGAAUCCUUUACAUGCAGACGUUUUUCCAAGCAUAGCAAAGUUUGAGGCUGAAGUUGUCGCUAUGACAGCCUCAAUACUCGGCAGUAAAGAACUGGAUGGCCAGGUGUGUGGAAACAUGACUUCCGGUGGCACAGAGAGUAUUCUAAUGGCUGUUAAGUCGACUCGUGACUACAUGCGAGCCACCAAAGGAAUCACAAAACCAGAAAUGAUCAUUCCAGUGUCCGCUCACUCAGCGUACAACAAAGCGGCUCAGUAUUUUCAGAUCAAAUUGAAGAUCGCACCCGUGACUGGUAACCUCCAGGCUGACGUUAGCAGUAUCAAACGACUGAUCAACAAGAACACGAUUAUGAUUGUAGGAUCGGCGCCAGGAUUUCCUCACGGUGUUGUUGAUCCUAUAGAGGAGUUGGGCGCUCUUGCGAUUAACAAGAGAGUCUGUUUUCACGUGGAUCUCUGCCUAGGAGGUUUUGUUUUGCCGUUUGCUAGAAAGUUGGGAUAUUCUAUUCCGCCUUUUGACUUCUCGGUUCCGGGAGUCACUUCCAUCUCCAUCGAUGUACACAAGUAUGGUCUCGCUCCAAAAGGCACCAGUGUCGUGCUCUACCGAAAUCACGAAAUCCGGCGGGUAUGUUCACUUUCUGGCUCAAAAGAUUUAGUGUCAUCUCACUUUCACUUUCCUUUUCCUUUUCAUUGGUCACAGCACCAAUUUGUAGCAGUCACGGAUUGGUCUGGCGGGCUGUAUAUAUCGCCAUCCAUGGCUGGAAGCAGGCCGGGAGCUCUGAUAGCUGGUGCUUGGGCUGCAUUGGCAUCUUUGGGAGAGGAAGGGUACUUGAAAAUCACGAAAAGUCUCAUGGAGGCAUCCAAAAAACUGAGGGACGGAAUACAAGAAAUUCCGGGAUUAUACGUGCUUGGAGACCCGGCAAUGACAGUCAUUGCGUUUGGAUCGAACGACUGCGACAUCUUUAGAGUGAACGACGCUAUGUCGAGCAAGGGGUGGAGCCUUAACGCUCUACAAAAACCUUCCAGUGUACAUUUUUGUGUGACGCUCCAACACGUUGAUGCUAUCGACAAGUUGCUCGAGGACUUGCGCUGUGCUGUAAAAGAGGUAAAAGAGAACCAAAGUGAUAUGGAAGAGGGAAUGGCACCAAUCUAUGGAGCCGCUGGCAAAAUGCCAGAUCGUGGAAUCAUUGAAGACAUAUUGAUUGCUUACAUGGACAACACAUGCUAAUAAAAAUAAUAAUAUAAUAAUAUGAUAUUGUGAAUGUGUGGAA